AUGACGCUCUACUACACUCUCGUGUUUGGUCUUCUCAUGGCCGAGAUGGCGCUGUUUAUGCUGCUGCUCGUGCCGCUGCCGUUCAGCGCCAAGCGCAAGAUCUUUACCUUCAUCUCCGAGAGCCCGGUGAUAGCCAAAUUGCAGUACUGGAUGAAGAUUACGUUCUUCUUCAUCUUAAUACUCUUCGUCGACAGUCUCAACCGGGUCUACAGGGUGCAGCUCGAGGUCAUGGCCGCCCACGAGCACGCUGUUAAGGGAAAUGCUGCCGCCGUCAUGGGAUCCGAGCGCCUCGAAGUCCAGGCCCGCAAGUUCUACUCCCAGCGCAACAUGUACCUCUGCGGCUUCACGCUGUUCUUGUCCCUGAUCCUCAACCGCACCUACGUCAUGAUUCUGGAAGUCAUGCGCCUGGAGGACAAGCUGAGGGCCUACGAGGGCACCAGCCAGAACACCAAGGAGAGCGAGAAGCUGGCCGUUGCCGGAAAGCCGGGCGAGCUCGCCGCCCUCAAGAAGAAGCUUGAGAAGAAGGAGCAGGAUCUCGAGAACCUGAAGAAGCAGGCGGAGCAGCUGAACAAGGCCUACUCUGAGCUUAGCGACAAGUAUGCCGCUACUCAGAUUGAUGGCGAAAGCCGCAAGGCCAGAUAA